CUCGGAGCGCAGUAUUAGCUUCAUCCCUCCCGAUGGAGAGUAUGAGCUCAUGAGGUACCGUACCACUAAAGACAUCAUCCUCCCCUUCCGCGUCAUCCCAUUGGUCCGUGAGGUGGGCCGCACCAAGCUGGAGGUAAAGGUGGUGAUCAAGUCCAACUUCAAGCCCUCCCUGCUGGCACAGAAGAUAGAGGUUCACAUUCCUACUCCACUCAACACCAGUGGGGUUCAAGUUAUCUGUAUGAAGGGAAAAGCCAAGUACAAAGCCAGUGAGAAUGCCAUUGUUUGGAA